GAACACAAUGCUUGUUCAUGCUGUUCACCUCGAAACUGCUCAGAGACUCAGCAUCGCCGCCACACGAUGUAGGGCUUCAUUGCCGCAGAUCCAUGUCCUGACCUCGCUCCCACUCCACGGCACCGAAAGCAAUUCUGAAGCUAUCCGGCUCCGAACACAGUACAAUUUGUGCCAGGAUGAUGUUGCUAAGGCUCUCAGAUGCUUCAAAUGGAUUUUGGCCAUGGUCACAGCAGGUUCAAGAUGCGGUGGUUCUAAACCAAAGGCCCCACUAUCUCCGACAUCACAUCACCACAUCUCUCAGCUGAGUGCUCUUCUCUGUUCCUUUUCAUGCAGUCUCCGCUUUCCCACAAUUGCCCCUUUCAAGAAUCGAAUCUUCUCAAUUCUUGAGACCGAACGAAGGGACUUGACUCACUGCACACAUUCGGCAGAACAACCAUGGCCGGCCUAGUCAGCGUACCAGACAGAGACAUCGAGUUUGUCGAAGCGAAAGCUGGCGAAGUCCUCAAACUCGGUCCAUUGACCUGUCGAAUCUUAGAAGACGGCUCUCACACAGACAACCGCCUAGGCUCCGCCGAACUAAUCAUGCCCCCCAAAACCCCCGGACCCCCACCACACUGGCACGAAAUGCACGACGAAACCUUCCUAAUCACGCAAGGCACCGUACGCUUCCACAUCCCAGACACCACCUCCGAAGGCCACGACAAAAAAAUCCUCGACGCAAAAACCGGAGACUACGUCGUCGUCCCAAUCCGAGCCCCACAUACAUUCAGCAAUCCCUUUGACGAAGAAGCAAAAAUUUUCUUCACGACGACUCCAAGUUUCUAUAUCAAUUAUUUCAAAUUGUUGAGUCAGUUGGCGGAGCCGGAUCAACCUGUGCCGGCGGAAGUGAAUGUUAAGGCUAUGGCGAUGUUUGCGACGGUUUUGGCUGAUAGGAAGCCGAGGAAGCCGGAGUAGGAAGAUGAUUUAUUUACUAAAUGCGAUGUUGAGGGGAGAGAUGGUAGGAGUAUAUCACGAAAUAGAGAUUUGAAGCAGCUUCUCAGGCGUUGAUAUAGUACUACGGUUAUAGGCCAUUGACAGAUUAGCGAUUGAUGAGCAUUCUGCGCUCAUUGCGAACAAGAAAUUUGACGGAAGUGUUUGGGAGUAAGUAUGCGCUGAUCUGUAUGAUCGAGGGUUUUGGAGUCGGGGAUGAGGUGAGUGAGGAGGAUCCCAAGAUUUUGGCGCCGCCGGAGAGUAAAUUUGACUUCUGGAGUGAGAGAAGGGACAAGAA